GCAGCUGGGCAAGAGACCCGCCAGCGAAAAGUUUGCUGCUCCUCUUCCGACAAGCGCGCUUGAUUAAUUAUUCGCACUCGCUCGUCUUAAUUUUAAUUUCUCCCCCUCCCUGCGCCGAGAUCAGGACCGAUUGGCACCGCUCCCUUCUGCUGUGCCUUGAGUUGAGUUUUGUUGCGCUUUUUAUUUUAAUUUUUUUUUUUGCAACCAGGAAAUUUGUGCAUUGACUUUUCUUUUUGGCGGUGCGGGAGUUUGCAGCUUUCCGCUGGGGGUGGGUGGAGGAAAGGAGCCGCUUGGAGUUUUGCCUGCUCGGGGCGGGUUGGUUUAUUUUUUUGGGGGGAUCUCUCUUCUUGUGGACUUGGGGGCCUGUUGGAAUCCGAUCGCAAAGGAGGGGGCAGCUGCCCCUUCUCCCCCCAUUAUUUUUUUUGGUGGGGGGAGCUCUGCAUCGAUUUUGCCCGCUUCCUCCUCGCCUCCCUCUCCAGCUUUGGCCGACGUGAAGCCGAUGCGGCGGACGAGCUAAGAGUUCUGUGGCUUCCUGCAAAAUAAAAAGCCCAGAAGUGACUACUGAAAAGGCCUGAACCUGAGUAACCACUAGAUGAGCUGGCAACAGCCAGAGACGGGCCCCUCUUGAUGACCUUAAUGCACGGAGGGGAUCAUGCUGAAGAAGGCACUCUCCCAGGUACCCGGGUUCUAAGCCAUCUAGUCCUUUAAAGGGGCAUCCCUUGCAGCUGAAAGCCAGGACGGUGUGAGUGCCCUCAGUCAGUGAAGAUACAGACCUGAUGAAGAUACGACCAUGGAUGAAGAAGAAGCACUUCACUCUAUCAUGAAGGAUCUGGCAGCCUUGGGGAAAUGUGGAGGCCUUUUGGACAGCAACAGGAACAAAAACCACGUCCAUUCUAACAAGCAGCUGCGGAAUGCGAGGAUCAAAUUUGAAUACGAUGGAGAGAGAAGGAUUAUCCAGUUCCAGAGGCCAGUUAAAUUUAAAGAAGUGCUUCAGAAAGUCAUGGAUGCUUUUGGACAGAUGAUGGAUUUGCACUAUGCCAACAAUGAGCUCCUGAUUCCCCUGAAAUCCCAGGAAGAUUUGGACCGGGCAGUGGAACACUUGGACCUCAGCCCUUCUCUGAAGAGUCUGAGAGUGUUUGUGAAAACUCCAAAGAAAACAAAUCCUCUGCAGCCCAACAACAGUAAGCAGCAUGAGAUGAGGAUGUCCAAGUCGAUGGGAGAUAUCAUGAGCUCCUUGUACAAAGACACAGAGAGGACGCGGAAGCAUUCGACAGGCUCCCUACACACGGGCCGGAGUUCCCCGCCCCCUGGGAGCGUUCCGGAAGAGCAGCAGCAAAUUGCCCGCCAGGGUUCCUACACCAGCAUCAACAGCGAAGGAGAGUUCAUCCCAGAAACGAUGGACCAAAACAUGCUAGAACCAUUUAUCAGUCCAGACGACUCUCUCUCUGGAAGCUGUCAGUCCCUGGACAGAUCCGUCGACAGCCCACCCUUUAGCCAAACAUCUGUUCCAAGAUGGAAGAAUCAAGCCAAAGACAGCCUGGAUUCCCUAGAUUUCGAUAUCCCAUUUUGUGAGAGAUUUGGGAAAGGAGGGACUUUCCCAAGACAGUAUCAUCUCUCCCAGAGUCGCAAGGACUACAGUGAUGGCCGAAGAACCUUCCCCAGGAGUUACGCUCCUCCAGAGAACCAGUUCCAGCUUGUGCCAUCUAGCCGGACAAAAAGCUUUAAUGGAGACAGCAAACUCGUCACCUUGCGGUACGAGGAACAUGGGGGCACCAAGUGGUGGCACAAUUGUGACAAAAUCUUCCAAAGCUUCAGUUCUUCUCCUGCCAAGACUAGGAACACCCUGCAGGCACCAGUGAACUGGAGGCUUGGGAAACUGCUGGGUCGGGGUGCCUUUGGAGAGGUUUACCUUUGCUAUGAUGUCGACACUGGCCGGGAGCUCUCUGUCAAGCAAGUGCCUUUUGAUCCCGAGAGCCAAGAGACGAGCAAAGAGGUGAAUGCUUUGGAAUGUGAGAUCCAGCUGCUCAAGACGCUCCGCCAUGAGAGGAUAGUUCAGUAUUACGGCUGUUUGCGGGACCCUGAGGAGAGGAAACUCUCCAUCUUUGUGGAGUACAUGCCAGGGGGUUCCAUCAAAGACCAGCUAAAAGCCUACGGUGCUCUGACGGAGAAUGUCACCCGGAAAUACACCAGGCAGAUCCUACAAGGAGUUUUUUACUUGCAUAGCAACAUGAUUGUACACAGAGAUAUUAAAGGAGCCAACAUUUUGAGAGAUUCUGCUGGGAAUGUGAAACUUGGAGACUUUGGUGCCAGCAAGCGCAUUCAGACCAUCUGCAUGUCUGGAACAGGGAUGAAAUCCGUCACAGGGACGCCGUACUGGAUGAGCCCAGAGGUGAUCAGUGGGGAAGGAUAUGGAAGGAAAGCUGAUGUAUGGAGUGUGGGCUGCACCGUGGUAGAGAUGUUGACUGAAAAACCACCCUGGGCAGAAUUUGAAGCCAUGGCCGCCAUUUUCAAAAUCGCUACACAGCCCACCAAGCCCCAGCUUCCAGACGGCGUCUCAGACCACUGCCGCAGCUUCCUCAAGCUGAUUUUUGUGGAGGAGAAGCGGAGACCCACAGCAGAAGACCUUCUGAGGAACCCAUUUGUGAGUUUCAGCCUCUAGCAGGCCUUCCUGCUAGGAGGAAGGGAAAAGGCUGGAUGUCCACAGAAUAAGUGCGGAGUAAGCAAAGGAAAGGACCUGCACACUUCUAAACUCAACCUCCGUUUCCAGUUUGGGUUACUCCCAAAUAUGCCAUGUUGAUGUUAGUCAUGCUUUAGUGGCGAAGCAGAGACCAUCUUGCCAAGACUUUGAGCUGCACACAGCCACCUUGACUUUGGAGUAUUUUAGAUGGAGGGAUUUGGGGAACUGAGGUUACACUAGCAAUUUGUGGUUGCUGGUGGGGUGCAGACUCAUGUAGCUUUCUCACGAGGGUCUCAUGGACUUGACCAGUUACUAAAGAACAAGAUGAGAGAAGUUGAUGGAGUCCUGUCAGCCAAUAAGACCCCUCCGUUAAAACUGCCAAGAGCAACAAAAUAGGCAGCCAUGCCCUGUUGAACUAGUUUUGUCAUUGUUGCCAAAUGUGCGGCCAUGAGAAGGGAACCCAACAUGAAGUAAGUAGACAUAAAUGCAGGGCAGUGACACAUGGCUACUUUUGUCUGGAAAAGGGAAAACCAUUGCUACAUUUGGAGAUAAACAGCAGGAAGUCUGGUGCACAUAAAACAGUCUCUGGCUGUUGGGAGCAGAAGAGCAAAGUGGGAUGUUUUGUUUCCUGGGUGGUAACUAUGAUCAAGGAGUAAUCAUGUCUGUGAUUCAGCACAAAGUGAUCAUGCAGAACAGAGCAUUAUGAAAAUAUAGAAUCUUAUGGGAAUCCUCACAGGUAACAGUCUUUCCCUUGGAUCUAAAUGAGUAUUGGUUAUAUCCAACCCGUGUACGAUAGAAGGUUCUCAUCUUGGGUCUCCAGAUGUUGUUGGACUACAGUUCUCAUCACCUCCCUGCCAAGAUGGCUGUGACAGUUCAGCAACAUGUUGGAACUUCAGAUAAGUGGCCUCCAGGUGGAGGCAAUAAUGUUGAAAUCCACCCUAAAUGUGUCUUGAUUUGGGUCAGAAAGGAGAGCAAGCACACUGCCCGAACAAAGUGUAUGUGUGUCUAUCCAUCUGCUUUCAGGGUUGAUUGACAUUUAGUUGGUCAACCAGUGCGGCAAUCUUUUGAGAGCUAGAUGUUUGCCAGGAGCCCAGAUGGCUAUAAUAUAUCCUCCCUUCAAAUCCAGAUGUUAUAAUCUGGAUUGUGUGUCCCAAAUCAAUUGUGCAGUUCAAGCAAAUGUGUUUAUUUGCAUAUAUUUUGCUUAUUUUGCAUUAUGUCAUCUGCUGACCUCAGUGGAAAUGCAAGAAGUUGUUAUGCACAAUAUAAUCCCUUCCACUAACAUCUGAUAUUUCACCAGGCAAUAUUUACAUGCUUUCUGGAUUAUCUCUACAGCCAUAAAGGCUAAAAACAAGCUUGGAUGCUGAAUUCUGUGCCAGAUAUCAAACUGUGUGCUUCAGUUUAACUAGUUUGAACUGGAGUUGUGUAGAAUACCCCUAGCUCUGGAUAAAGGAUUUAAUCCAUAUCCUAUUGAUUUUGAAUGGAUGAGGACUCCAUUGUAAAUAGAUUUUGGUUAGGUGCUGAAUCCCAGGAAAAUGGUCGAAACUGGUCGAAUAAGACGAAACUUUGUCUUAGAAUCAUGCAAGAUUUUCUUAAUGUAAUGAGUCUCUCUCUGACUCUACACUAGUCUUGAUUUGAGCUUUUUACAAAGAAGUGAUUCUUCCCUCCCCACACACACUCACCCUCCCUAGUUGAUUUAAUUGCAGAUUCCUAGCUGCAACCCCUGCCAUCUGGAUUUAAUUCUCAGUUAAUAGAGAGUCUUAGGGGAAAUAUUGCUGCAGAACUGAAAUGUCAAAAGGCUGAUGUUUUGCAUAGGCAGGGUUGGAAGAUGACCUACUUUCUUUUUUUUAAAUUGCUAAGAUUUGUAAGAGGGUGCCUGUGAUUUUAUUCACACAUUCAGGGAUCAGAGACUGUAUUCCAAGCUGGUAUUCUGAGGUACCACCCCGUUUACACCAAAAAGUUAUAGGGUGUGUUAGCCAUACCCCUGUGCUGGUUCUUUUAUGUCACUCACAGGUUUCUGUGCACUCUGUGGCACUUCAACCAGAGAGAGAGCAAGAACAGUCUGGUUUAUUGUUUACAAUGUCACUUAUCCAAGGCUGAAAGGGAAAUAAAGCAAGUUAACAUGAACUCAAGAGCUCUUACGCCAGACUAUAUGAUGGUCCAGAUACAGCCAUGUGUUCACCAUGGAGUCUCCAGCUUGUCCUAUAUUCACUGAAUUUAUGUCUUUAAAAUGUUACCCUGUACCUCACCAGCCUGACCUGGAUUUCAUGAGACAUGAAGCUGCCCAGGGUGUGCAUUGAUCUUCUGUUGAUUCUCUGCAUCGAUGGUCCCUCUCUUCAGAGAAUCAACAUCCCCCUGCCAUGGCACACGUGGACCUUGUCACUGAUGUAUUAUCCUUUCCUUUCUCUGUUUAUAUGUAAAUAGAUGUGAAUUGCUCCUCAGGUGCCUUUACUUCUAUGCUGUCAAACUCCUUUGCAGUGAUUCAGUUGUACAAAAAAGAACUGGACAAAGACAAUGUAAUGUAUGUACCCCGUGCAACUUUUAUUUGUUGUUGUUUAAGAGAUACAUCAUGUAAUGGGAAGUAAAUUCCAUAUGUACAGUGGAAACUCUGCUUUCAGGAACAUUGUAAUCUAAUUCCCUGGACUAUAUCAUCAUGUAUAUGGAUUGUAAUUUUCUUUCUUUGUGCAGGAAAAGGAGUAAGACUGAAAUUGUGUAUCAUCUGCCUUCACAGAUGCCCCUCAACAUAAAUUCACAGCACAGCACUUAUAUGCACUUCUAAUAUAAACCAGUUGAAGGUUGCUUGCACACUAAAGCCAUUUAGCAUUGGGAAGGCAUUUCUUCUCUGCAGUCAGUUAGAAGCACUUAAUAUAAAGCUAGAUUGUCCACCGGUGUCUGUUCGUCUGUCUAUAAGUUUACUCAGAAGUAAGUCUCGUUUACCAAAGGCCCCCUGCAAUUUUAAUAAGAAACUUCUAUCAUGUGACUAUUGUUCCUGUAAUUGCUGCCAGUUUACUGCAGCCAUGGCAUUUUUGAUUAAUUUCCCCUUAGUCGAUCAGUUGCUGUUACUCGCCAAUGUGUGUAUGCUUUAAUUGUCAGUUUCCUCUCACUUUUUUUCACGUGAAAUAGCACAAAGAGAGAGAAAAAGAGAGGAAACCAGUAAUUAAGGACCCCUCCCCCUAAUGGCGCAGCAGGGAAAUGACUUGCCUACAGAGCAAGAGGUUGUUAGUUUGACUCCCCGCUGUUAUGUUUCCCAGACUUUGGGAAACACCCAUAUCGGGCAGCAGCGCUAUAGAAAGGUGCUGAAAGGCAUCAUCUCAUACUGCGUGGAAGAAAGCAGUGGUAAACCCCUCCUGUAUUCUACCAUGAAAACCACAUGGCUCUGUGGUCACCAGGAGUUGAUACCGAUUCUAUGGCACAAUCUUUCCUUUCCUUUCCCUCAACCAAAGGGAGCAGCAGCUGAUUAAUUAAGGGGCAAUUCACCAGUAAUGUCAUGGGCAUACAGGACAAGAAGCAAUUACAAGAGCAGAAAAUACAAGAAGGAAGCUUCAGGUCACAACAGCCCCGAAAAGUAGCAAUAGUGCAUUGUCAGUCCACACUGGACAGGCUGGUGCUGCAAUUAUAUUUUAAGUGAGAGAAGAACAUCACAAAUAGAAGGACAACACGUUUUUUUUUGAAUUAUAUGGGCUAGCAAUUGAAUAAUCUCAGUUCUCCAUCAAAAGUGAUUGAAUGAUAACAAUUCCAGACUAAAUAGCUAGUGUGGAAGCAACCUGAAACUCAAUUAACCAUUACAGCUUCUUCCCAAAGAGUCAUGAGAGUUUUGCAGGUGAGAAACCAUUGUUAGAAAUCCUUUCUUGUUCACAAAUGUACCGUUGUAGGGAGCCCUUUGCUGGGGACGGUGACAGCAGGCUUAAAAUUGUUUUAAAAUUUGCUAUGUAGAUCUGUGCAUGGGCUUAACAAGCUGGAAGAGAUCAAAAGGUGGUAUAGCCCAGCAGUCUCCCCGAAAGCUUCUCUAGCCAUCAGUUUGCCAAGAUUUAUUUGGCCUACUAAGCACAGGGGUAGUUUUGUCCUCCUUUGUACAAACUAUUAUUUUUGCUGCCCAGCUACUGAAGAAAUCAUACACACACAGACACAUACCACCUCCUCUAGACAAAAUGUGUUUUAUCUGGUAAAAAGGGAGCCUUCUGUGAUUCCUCUUCUGAAGCAAUGCAAGUACACAAUGCAUUGUACACAAGGUGUGUAAUGAAAUACACAAGGGGGAAAAUAGCUUUGGAGAGCUAUUUUUGAAGGAUGAAUUGAGCUAUAAUUGGGGCAAGAUUGCAUCCCAUGAUUCAGUCUGUAGAGGCAGCUAUGAAGGUUUUUAUUAUUUGGGGAACAAAAGGGAACAGUGAAGCCAGUUAUUGAUGGGCUUUUAGAAGUUCUGAAACUUGAAAUCUGGAUACCUUCUAAAACCUGGCCACACUUGCAGUACAUAAACUUGGCAGACACUUAUAGGAUUUGCACAUACACAAGAAACUCAGAAUGGGUGCUGCCAUGAAAUUCUGAUUUCCGUUAAGAUAUAAAGAGUCCAUCCCUUAUCUCUGGUGGUGUCUUUUGUCUAGCUGAGAGAAGGAUUCAGCCUUUCUGAAGCCACUGUCUCAGAUACUUAGAAGUAUUUUUGUUCACACAUUUGCAGAGCACAAUACACCCUUUGCCUCACUGCACAUAUGCAAAGGAAGCAAGGGUCACAUUGUCUUGCAAAGCAAUGGAACAAUAAUGUGAACGAAGCAUGGGUUGCCUGCUGAAAUCUGUAUUUCUCAAACUGCCCGCUUCUCAAUCCCUUAUCAUAAUAUAAAUACCACUAUUAGCUCUUUAUCCUUGAGAUGUGUUCAUACUCUCUGUGGUAUGAAUGAUUUUAAAUACUGUAAAUUAUUACAGCUCUAAAAAGCUUUGACCAUAAGAAAGAAAAGAAGCACUGUUGCUUUGGCAAGUGGGACACAUUGUUGAAUGUACUUUGUUAAAUGCUGUAAAUGCUUUAUCUUUCUCCCCGCUACCAGAUGCAUGAAAUAAACUAUUUUUAAAUUUUGUGGUA